CAUUUGUGACGUCAUAAAUUUUCGACGUUACACAUGUGCUUGUAACCAUCCCGGAAAUUUAACCUAUUAAUAUUUGGAAGAAGCUUAAUAAAUUAAAAAUAUCGAAAUAUUUUACAGUAGCAACUGUAAGAAGCCGAUCGACUAAAAUAAUAGUAUUCAAUAGCUAUAAGUUUUUAUAUAUUUGAUUUGGUAUAUAUCUCACUAGUAAAAGCAUCAAGGAAACUUGAAUUAUGUCAUCACACGACGGAGAAUCCUCUAGUGCCGACCGAAAUGUCGAAAUAUGGAAGAUAAAAAAACUUAUCAAAAGCCUUGAAGCUGCCAGAGGGAAUGGAACCAGCAUGAUUUCCCUAAUUAUUCCACCGAAGGAUCAAAUUCCGAGGAUAGCCAAAAUGUUGGCUGAUGAAUUUGGAACUGCAUCCAAUAUAAAAAGUCGAGUUAAUCGCUUAUCAGUGUUAGGAGCUAUAACAUCCGUACAACAGCGACUUAAAUUAUACAAUAAAGUACCACUAAAUGGUUUAGUAAUCUAUUGUGGAACUAUUGUAACAGCGGAAGGAAAAGAGAAGAAAGUCAAUAUAGAUUUUGAGCCUUUUCGGCCGAUUAACACGUCAUUAUACUUAUGUGAUAAUAAGUUCCACACGGAAGCAUUGACAGCACUUUUGGCCGAUGAUAAUAAGUUUGGAUUUAUAGUAAUGGAUGGAAACGGAGCCCUAUUCGGAACUCUAUCCGGUAAUACUCGGGAAGUCUUACACAAAUUUACAGUAGACUUACCAAAGAAACAUGGUCGUGGAGGUCAAUCAGCCCUUCGUUUUGCUAGACUGCGAAUGGAAAAACGUCAUAAUUACGUCAGGAAGGUAGCUGAAGUUGCAAUUUCGUUAUUUAUUUCAAAUGACAAAGUAAACGUUGCUGGCCUCGUCCUAGCUGGUUCUGCCGAUUUUAAGACUGAAUUGUCUCAGUCUGAUAUGUUUGAUCCUCGUUUAGCAACAAAAAUUAUUAAAAUAGUUGAUGUUUCAUAUGGUGGGGAGAAUGGUUUUAAUCAAGCUAUCGAAUUGGCUAGUGAAGCUUUGGGAAAUGUUAAAUUCAUUCAGGAAAAGAAACUAAUAGCAAGUUAUUUCAAUGAAAUAUCUCAAGAUACGGGAAAAUAUUGUUUCGGAGUUAAUGACACCCUUAGAGCUUUGGAAAUGGGCGCCGUAGAAAUGCUGAUUGUUUGGGAAAAUUUAGAUAUUGUCCGUUACGUUUUGAAAAAUCAUCAAACUGAUGAGGAAAAAAUUCUUUUCUUGCGUCCCGAAGAAGAAAAAGAUAAAACUCACUUUCAAGAUAAGGAAACCGGUAUUGAUUUGGAAAUGUCAGAUAGUCAGCCACUGCUUGAAUGGUUCGCAAACAACUACAAAACAUUUGGCGCAACUUUGGAGAUUAUUACCGACCGAUCACAAGAAGGUAGCCAAUUUGUUAGAGGAUUUGGUGGUAUCGGUGGCCUUUUGCGAUAUCAAGUUGAUUUCCAGAGUAUGGAUACCUAUGAUGAUUUAGGCGAAGAUUUCGAUCUUGAAUCCUACUAGCAACACAAUAUUUACAUAUUGGUUGUGUGAUGAUUCAGGGAUAUAGCUAGCAGAGGGAAUCAAUUUUUGCAAACUCUACUUUUUUUCUGAUUAAUAAAUCAGUGAAUAUAUCCUUGGACAUCAUAAUUGACUUGUUCGAAGUACGUUAAAGGAAACAUUCGAAUACAAUGUCGAUUAAUGUAAUUGUUUAUUCAUUUUAUUAUUAAGAAGCUUGCAACAUUUAAUCAAAAAUCUUCAGUCCUCUAUAACGUAAUCUUUCAAAGAUAAUUACCAGCUCCUUUGCUGUAAAACAAAUAUUAAGAUCUUAAGGUAUUUUCUAAAUAAAUUUGACAAGAAAGCAAAGAUGCUAAUUGAUAAUUUUGAUAAGUUAUGAUUCAAGGCCAUAUUCUUUAAGCGAAAUUUCUCAGAAUAGGCACCAAUAAAUAUUUGACCUACAUUUAAGCAACAUAACACUAUGGCACUUUGAAUAUCUUCUUAGGUUAGCAUGAAAGGCAUAUGAAACAUAAAAACUAAGCCGUUUAUUUGUAGAAUAUAAGAUAAAAA